GGUGAUGAGCCAUGUGAGGAGGAGGAGGAGAUCCCUCCAGAGAUCAGCACAGACCCCGGAGACUCCAGAGAGACUCGGAGAGAUAUCAAAGCUGGAGAGGAAGAAGGACAUGUUAAGAUUAAAGAGGAGGAAAUUCUGGUAGAGAUCGGUAUAGAUGGACAACAGAUCGUGAAGAACAAGGAGGAAUUUUCCAUUUUGACUUCAGGAAAUGGAAAUGACGUCACGUUGCGGUUUCCGGGAGAAGACCACACUACCCCAAAUCUCCAUCCAGCACUCCUCCCCAGUGCAGGUCGAUUAUCCACUGCCUCUACACCUGGGGGGACUUUUCCAGAUCACUCGGCUCCCAUCACCCACCAUAGAGGUCAUGGAAAGUUUCUUUGUUACAUGUGCGGGAAAUGUUUUACCAGGAAAGAAAGUCUCACCUUACACCAGAGGUCUCACACGGGGGAGAAGCCACAUUCGUGUUCUGUAUGCGGGAAAUGUUUCCUUCGGAAAUGGUGUUUGAUUAAUCACGAGAGAACUCACACGGGAGAGAAACCGUAUUCAUGUGCGGAAUGUGGCAAACGUUUCAUGCACAAGUCAAAUCUUGUUUUCCACCGACGGAUUCACACAGGCACUCCAGCGACAGAUCUGCACAAGCCGUACUCCUGUUCAGAGUGCGGGAAAUGCUUCAAAGUAAACGCCGGUCUUCUUCUGCAUCAGAGAACUCACACUGGAGUGAAACCAUAUUCAUGUUCGGAGUGCGGGAAAUGUUUUUCUAUGAGCUCAGCUCUUGUAAAACACAAGAGAAUUCACACCGGGGAGGAAACCGUAUUCCUGUUCGGAGUGUGGGAAAUCCUUCAGCCAGAGGACCCACCUUGUUUUACAUGAGAGAACUCACACCGGAGUGAAGCCGUAUUCGUGUGAAGAGUGCGGGAAAUGUUUUACUGCAAGUUCAGCUCUUGCUAAGCACAAGAGGACUCACACGGGGGAGAAGCCGUAUUCCUGUACAGUUUGUGGGAAAGGUUUUGCACGGAAAGAAAACCUUGUAGUUCAUCAUAAGAUUCACACCAGGCAGAAGCCGCAUUCAUG